AAAAAAAAAGCAAGCAAGCAGAGCUGUGUACCACUAAACUGAAAAACUUUAUACACUGAUAUGCGGCCAUAAAUCACACCGUAUACCCAGUAGUCUUUUUCCUUUUCUUUUUAUGUUUUGGUUUCUCAUAUACACAGUUAUCCAGAAUAUCGAUCACUCAGUUCAUUCUACAUCUAAACGAAAAACAGAGAGAGUCUGAUACCACGGCCAGCAGGCAGCAAGUCCGGAUGGCAAGCUAUAGAGGACUCAGAGCGUUGCAUAUCUGCAGUCAUUGAACAGGGGACAUGAUGUGAACGCGUGAUCAAUUUUGAAGACGUGUCAGAUUUAGUGCAUAGGACCCAAAUCAGACCCCGGCCAAGAGCCCUAUAGUUAAGUAAUAUGGUUAUGAGUUAUCAGAUGCUCAAAAAAACUGUUAGUGUUAUGAGUUAUUUUUGCCAUCAGCAAGGGAACAGUGACAGGUUGGAUAAAGAUCUGGCAUCGUUUCUAUAUAGCUUAGAGGUUAUACCACAUUUGGAUGCUAAGAUAUGGUCUCACACACGUUCAGCAGGUCAUACUCCCAACACUCAUUGUAGUCUUCUCCUCUCUGACUCCCCCUCUCACUCAUACAAUCUCAGCACAUUUGCAAAUCCUCAUGUCAGCUUGUAAUGGUUGUUGAUGCCCAUGAUCCGCAGUUCUACCGCUGCAUUGAUCUUGAGGGAUCAAGAUUAAUUCAGAUUUUCCUGUUUAAGUGGGCUGGGCCUACACAUAGUUUAAAGGCUGAUUCUUCAUUUUGGGCAUCGUUUCCUUGAUAAGCUUUAGUUAUGAAUUCUGGUUCAAAUCAGCUGGGGAAUGGUACGAGGACAAAUGAUAUCGAAGAGCAGGCUCCCAAGGUUGGCAAAGCUGCAUCAGUGAAAGAAUCUACGACAAAGACAAGUUCGGACUCACGAGGGAAUUCUCUUCUAUGGGAUUGGAAUAGAAUAAAAAAAUGGGUAAAUUCUCUUCCAUGGGAUUGGAAUCUAAUAGUUAUAUUGGUGCGCAUGAUCGCAUUAUCACUGGAACCCUUGUUCUUGUAUGGUCUCAUGAUCAAUGAAUACAAGAAAUGCGUUGAGAUAGACAGAAAGUUGGGGAUCACAGCUAUAGUUUCGCGAUCUAUCCUUGAUAUCAGUUACCUAGUGCUGCGAUUUCAUACUGGGUUUUUAGGCUACCAAUUUCGGAAAUAUAGAAAAAAAAUAAAAAAUCACCUGGUAAAGGUAAGGAUCAACGGAGCCACGUCAAGAUCAACGGAGAUCAGGGGCCCCACUGGCCCAACACCUGUUAAAGAUAAGUGGCAAACAGAUCUCAGAAAAUAUAUCUUGCAUCGACACUUUCUAUUUGACAUUUUAGUUUUUCUUCCCAUCCCACAGGUGGUAAUGUUUUGCAUACUCUUAGACGUGAGAGCCAUGAAAUCUUUAAAAACAUUACAGAUCUUAAACAUUUUUAUUUUCUUCCAAUAUUGGCCAAGAGUUUUUCAAAUUUACCUACCAAGGAAGGAUCUGGGAUCAAAUCAUGAGAUACUUGGUGAAAGGCUAUGGGUCCUAGGCCCACUGGAUUUCUUUCUAUACAUCAUUGCCGGUCAUGUAUUAGGAGCCUUUUGGUAUUGUUUCUCUAUUCAACGAACUGUGGCUUGCUGGUACAUGGCGUGUAAAAAUCUUGGUGGAUGUGUCCGAAAUUCUUUUUAUUACUGCGACCACGACUUUCGCUAUCACUCCGUUUUAGAUGAAUUUUGCCCUAAAAAUAUGCCAAAUGCGGAGCUCUUUGAUUUUGGAGUAUAUCUUGACGCUCAUCAGUCUAAGAUCUUAGAGUCCAAAAAUAUUCCACAAAAAAUAUUCUACUGUUUCUGUUGGGGCAUGCGAAAUCUGAGUUCAUUUGGUUCUAACCUCCAAAUAAGUAGCGAUGUAUGGGAAAACUGCUUUGUACUUUGCAUUACUAUCUUUGGCUUGUUACUAUUUCUAUAUUACAUGGGAAAUUUUCAGAUAUACUUGCAGCGUCGGAUAACUUCAAAAUCAAUUGCAGAACUUCAGCAAAAAAAAAAAUCAAUUGCAGAAGCUGCGAAAAGAAAAGUAGAAAGCAUUAACUUGUGGAUUGAAAAUAAAAAGUUCCGGACAGAAACAAGCAGUGAAAUUAUUAAUAUCGUGCAAAAGAAAUUUCACGAAGAAGAAGAUAUUUAUGUGGAGAUCCUGAUCUCUGAACUUCCUGCACAACUUCAAUGGGAUGUCAAGAACGAAAUCUGCUUUGAACCACUAAAGCAGCUCAUGAACAAAAUAAAGAAUAGCUUGGAUAAUCCUGAGCAUGAAAAAUUGUUGCGUGACAUCUGCAACUCUCUCAAGCCAGUGUACUACAAUGAGCAGUGCUACAUUGUUCGGGAGGGAGAGCCUAUGGAUGCAGUAUUCUUGAUUACAGACGGCAGUGCAUGGGCCUUUCAAAGCAGCAGUAAUGGUGAAGGAACAGGAACUGCCUCCCGAUGUGCUGAGCGUCUUGAAGCAGGUCACUUCUUUGGAGAAGAACUUCUUGAAUUGUUUUGGGAACCUUCCUCCACCAACAUGUUCAAUCCAUCCAAAGUUCCCAUUUACUCAAAAUCCCUCAAAACCCAUACAAAAGUGGAAGCCUUUGCUCUAAUGGCCAAUGAAUUGCUCAAAAGAAAAUGAUGCUAACGACGGCAUUGGUGGUUCAAGAAAAACUUAUGAAUCCAGCAGAGCCUGAUGAUAUUGUUGAAUUCCCCUAGUGUUGGUGCUUCACUGUUGUUGUAAAGAAAUUUAGCAGUACCUGACACUGUUGUUGCAAAGAAAUGGUCUGUAUUGAUGUCUUUGUAUUUUGUUUGUUUUUCUAGUGAUGGAGUUGCUACUUGUUUGGACUUCGGAUUCUCAAUGAUAAUGGUAAAAUUAGGCAAAAGACAGCAUCUGGAAUAAUAAACAGUUUGAUGCACGCUAUUAAAUUCAGUAAGGAUUGUAUGUAGGAAAAAUAUUUUGCAUCAAAUGCUACCAUGUCAUCCAUAUCAAAACCCAAUAAAUGAGAGACAUAUAUAAAAAUAACUAUCAACUAACACAUAUCUUUUAUUUGUUAGUGAAGUAAUUAUUUUUUACUGAUAUGUCUCACAUUUAUUGGAUUUUAAUACCGUUGACAUGGUAUUAUU